AUGAAUACGACACGUAUUUUAACUAUAGCACAAAUUUACCAUUUGGAAAUUACAGAAGAAAAUGUCUAUGUUGGUACAUUAAUUGAAGAUGUAAGUUUAUUACCAGAACUUACUACAUUAAAAAUUCAUUCUUUAUCAUUACAUAAACCAAUAAUAUUAAAUUCUAAAGAAUUGAUUACUCACCUUUCAAUGAAUUAUAAAAAUAGGAAUCAUCCAUUUAAUUUUAAAUUUUUAAAACACAGACAUAUGGAUCAAGUUAAACGAAAACUCAUUUUUAAUCAAUCAUCAACAGAAGAAGCAAAAAAAUUACGUAAUGAAUUUGAUCGAUCAAUAACUUAUAUGGAAAACUUGUCUAAUGAGUUUUUCUAUGAAAUAUUUGAUUACCUUGAUGGUUAUGAUAUAUAUAAAGCAUUUUCAUAUCUUAAUCAACGUUUUCAAAAACUUCUCAGUUCUUCAUCUCUUUUACUUAAAGUUACACUUUAUGGUUCAAUGUAUAGUGAACCAUAUAUAAGUGGUUAUAAAUUAUAUCUUCUUAGUCGGUAUAAAAUAUUUUCUAUCGAUUUAUGUUCAAUAUUAAAAAAUAAUUCUUUCUCAUGGUUUACUUUCGAUUCAUCAUUAAUCUGUCUCGAAUCACUUUCUAUUAGACAAGGACUAAAUAAUUAUACUUCAUUUCUUAUUAAUUUAGCUCGUCUACCUCGUCUUUUCUCUUUAACCAUCAACGCAUCGAAUAAUGCUGACAAUCUCAAUGAUAUUUAUUGA